UAGCUGUUAGCUGAUAGAGCAGCAGUAGGCCGAGGAGACAUCUGGAGGCGAUCUGUGAUUGAUGUCAUGUAGCUUCAGCUAUUGUUGCACAUAAAGACUGAAAUUAAGCCAGAUUAUGUUGUUGUCUUGCUGUACUUUAGACUGUUUUUCCUCCUCACAAGGAAAGCAGCACUUCAACGUUAGCCGGAGCCUGAAGCUAAUAGAUGGUCAAGUCUCGGACAAACCGAGUCCAUUGCAGCUGACCGGAUUUACAUUAUUGUCUCUUUAGGUGAACCUCAGCAGCACUAAAACUAGAAUUUAUCCUUUAAAAUGGAUUUAAGAUUUUACUGUAAUUCGGGUGUAAACAUUAUUCGGCUAUAACUGGUGUGUUUAGCCUGACAGCUGCUCGCCGACUGUUAGCUCAAGGAAACUACUGGAAGCUGAUCGACAACUCUAGGUAGCUUUGUGUGAGAGGAUAGUAUUUACAAAAAUGUACUAACUUUCACUACGUCUUGUGGUUGGAAAUAACAAAAUCAAGCAACAAAAGAUGGUGUGCUGCUACCGUCUCCUGGUUCACUAUGGCCCAGAACCAAGUGAUCCUGCAGUUCCGCUUCGCCACGUUUGGGGAUUCGAUGCUGCAGAAGAUGAACCUCCUGCGACACCAGAGACGCUUCUGUGAUGUCACUGUGCGCAUCAACCAGUUAGAGGUUCCCGGUCACAAGGUGGUGUUUGCUGCCGGUUCCUCUUUCUUGAGGGACCAGUUCAUCCUGCAGCAGGACUCUAGGGAGGUCCACAUCUCCAUGAUCCAGGAGCCGGAAGUGGGCCGGCAGCUGCUGCUGUCCUGCUACACUGGCCAGCUGGAGUUUCCUGAGCUAGAGCUGGUGCAUUACCUGACAGUGGCCAGCUUCCUUCAGAUGGGCCACAUUGUGGAGCAGUGCACUCAAGCCCUCAGCAAGUUCAUCAAACCUCCACGACAUCUGGCAGUGAAUAUGAGACGGGACAAGAAGGAGGAGAGUUUCUCUCCCAGGGCACAGAGAGAGCAGGACCUGUCUCAGGUUAGGACUGUCCAUCAGGAGGAGGAGGAAGUGGUGGAGCAGGUGGAAGGUGAAAACAAUAUUGACAAUGAUGACGACGCUUUAGAUGAUGGUGAUGAUGAUGAUGAUGAUGACGACGACGAUGUGAUUAUACAGCCUAAGAGUCCUGUCCAGAUUCAUCAGAGUCAGACAAGGCAGAGUAUGGCGGAGAGUGACAUCACCAUAGUCAAGGUGGAGUCUGUCACUGAUGUAGCAGAAAACUCAGUGACUGGUCACUUCUCCACCAGUCCUCCUGCUGCGCUCCGCUCCCCUGAGCCCCAGCACUCGCUCAUUAACUCAACUGUGGACAGCCGUGGCAGUGAGGUUGCUGCUCCACCCGGCCUGACCAGAUGCCCGUUCAGCCCCCCUCCUCCAUCUCCUCUGGUAGAGAAGCACAUUGCAUACCAGAGGAACUACGACAAGCCUCUCCAGUGGUACCACCAGUGUCCCAAGUGUGCCCGGGUCUUCCGCCAGCUGGAGAACUACGCCAACCAUCUCAAGAUGCACAAGCUGUUCAUGUGCCUCCUGUGUGGCAAGACCUUCACGCAGAAGGGCAACCUGCACCGACACAUGCGGGUCCACGCCGGCAUCAAGCCCUUCCAGUGUAAAAUCUGCGGUAAGACCUUCACCCAAAAGUGCUCGUUGUUGGAUCACCUAAACCUGCACAGUGGAGAUAAACCACACCGCUGCAACUACUGUGACAUGGUGUUCGCUCACAAGCCAGUUCUCCGUAAGCACCUCAAACAGAUCCACGGGAAAAACAGCUUUGACAAUGCAAAUGAACGCAGCCUGCAUGAUGGGACACUUGACUUUGAUUUUGGACGAAUAUGAAAUGUGUGACUAAUUUUUUUAGCAUAUCAUUUCUGUGAGAAGACGACAGUUAUAAACAUAAAGAGGGCCAGAUGAGCGAAGACUUUGGCUGCUUUCUUAGAGUGGCAGCCUGAUCUGUUUAACUGGAGGACAUAAACUAAGUUUUCCUGGUCUACAUGUCACUGUAGCUUCAUUACUGUGGACUUUUGUCUUUUUUGUACAAUACAGUGUAGAUGCCUUCAUAUCAUACUUGAAAAUUCAACACUGAAACACAAUGACUGAACAUCAGUAGUCAGUUCUAUGAUAAUUAACAUGUUUCUGUGUCUGCCGUGUCCAAUGAGAAAAAUGUUGCAAAGUGUAAAAUAUACAAAUGUAUAUUGUGUAUACAAUCUGCUGUAGCCUUUCUUUCUUACCUGUGUUAAGAUGACAACAUGGACUUUAGAAGUAAGAGAAACUUGAAUGAGUGUAAGUACAAAAUGUUUUACAGAAGGCAAGCUAUGUCAUUUUGUCUCGGCGACAAAUGCAAUGCCAAAGUGUCUAUGUGAACUAUAAAGGUUCUUCUAUGUAGACUUACUAUCUGCGGUACUAUUGAACCAAAGUGACAUCAUAUCUGUCCUGUGUUCAUAGAAAUCAGUAUGUGUUAUCAGAUUAAAAAAAAUACUCAACCAAACUUGGAUGCA